GCGACUCGCGGCACAAGUGCAUUUGCAAAGAGCAGGAAGGACAAUGUAACACAACCAGAUCAUGUGACGGCCAUACUGUCAACUGUUUCACCCACCAUGAAAUGGGAGCCAACAGAGGACGACGAGGAGCACCUUCCAGCGCCGAUAUCAGGUCCGGAGCCUGUUGUUGCACAAGCCCAAAACAUGUCAAAGCUACUGCAAGAGGUGGGAGAAGAGAACGACAGACGUAUAGCGGGGAUGACCGAGGAGGAGAGAAUGGCUGAAAGGGAUGAUCUCUUGCAGAAGUUUGGUGGUGGUGUUGGGGAGAUGCUGAGGCUCAGGAGGCUGAAACGAGAGGGCAAGGCUGCCAAUCGUAAUGGUCACCCAGGCCAUGUGGACAUCCAAUCUCCUAUUCCCCGGACUCUGCGAAUCGCCCCUCUUGGCGUCAACAAGGGCAAUGCGAUGGGUAUAGACACUGCUGUCAGCAUGUUGCCCGAUGACUCACCGAAGUCAGCCGAUGCCAUGGAGCCUCCCAAAACCCCUGUGUCGCGUGCUGAGCUACUGGAAGAUCUCAAUCGUCCGAGAAGUGCAAUGCGAGGCUCUACCGCACACUCUGACACUUCGUCUACGAUCCGCCGAUUACGGUUUGCCGAUGUCACACCCUCAGACAUUCAUGUCUAUCCAUCCCAACCAACCUCACCUAGAGCAGUUCACAUGCUUCUAGCUCCUCCAGAUGACGGGGCAGCGGAUGGUAUCCCAGUGACACAACUGAAGUUCCGGUCAUUGCGUCCCGAAACAAUACACAAGCGUGGCGAUGGCCCUGCUGUUUGGUUAGCUCAGGAACAACCUUCGGAGCUGUCUUCUUCCAUGGAUGCUUCCAUGGAUAUGGAUGCAUUGGAGGAAGGAACACCAGAAGACAUCAGACACCGUUUUUUCCCGAAUGAAGACGCGGCUCAGCUAGGUCUUGAGUGGAUCACCGCUCCUUCCGCCACAGAACAAUCAUCCGAUGCACCGAGAUUUGAUCUCCAAGGAAUGCCUAUACCUCGAUCCCUGCAAACAACACUACCUACACAUCUCGGUUUGCAUCAUACGUCAUCUUCCUUGGCCGGGUAUACCCUUGACGACUUGUUAUAUCUGUCGAGAUCAACAAAUGCUGCGCAACGUGCAACUGUCCUUGGUGUAUUGGCAAAGAUUAUUUUGCGCAUAAGACAGGGACAUAUCUCCUCGGAUAUGCUAGGACCUGAAUCACGAGAGCGGAUAUUGAAAUCUGGCAUAGCCGCUCUCGGAGAGAAAGGAAGCGUCGGCGCCCGUGCGGUGGAAGUAGUGUGGGAAGCAGUGGUAGGAGGGGACGAAUCUUACAUGCUCCAGGAAGGAGUUGAACUCUGGGGUGAAGAAAAGCGCAAGGUUUCUUCAGAAUCGCAGGACGAUGAACCGCCUUCCCUAAUUCCUGGAUUGGAUGCGAUUUCUUCUAUACCUCUCGAAGAGGUGCUUCCGCUUAUACAGUCGUAUUUUACGGUGCCGCCUUCAUUCCCUGCCGUCACCUUAUCACAAUUGCUUGGUAUUCUACAUCGCCUAACAUCACAUUACGAAGCACACGCGUCAGCGAUUAUCAAAGCCCCUCACUUCCUUGCAUCUAUUCUUUCAGCUUGGCUGGCUUACAAGCCCUCGGACUUCCCCGGAGAAUCGGCUCAAGACCCGAAGCUCCUACAAUUGCUGUCUGUCGUAGCUGCUUCGUCCCGUUCAAAUGGAGAGGCAUUGGCCGUGGACGUGCCAAACACGCUCCUUCGUUUUAUCGCCCAAAUGCCUCAAACGUCGCAGUCAGUUGAAGAGCGCGAGUUGCGCGAGAGCCUGAUGGCCGAGACCCUUCAUUUCUACGCAACCCUUGGACGAUAUGGAUUAGGUUGCAAGGUCGCCCUUAUCGCACAAGAGCUCAUGUCCCUUCUCGUCAAAUAUAUCGCCAAAACUUUGUCCGAAGGUGACAUCACUCCGAGCUUUGCGCGUUUGGCAGAAGCGUUCUUUGAAGUACGGGAAAUUUGGACGACCUGUGCUAUCGAUCCACACAAGACCAGCCCACCCCAUGAGCUCAUCUGGUCCCAAAUCGAAGCAUUCGGUUGGGUGGACGACCUCCUACAAAUUGCUGUGCAUGUUCCGGCAGAACAGGAUACUGUGUGGGCUGGGCUGUGGAGCGCGACGGCAGCUUAUGCGGAAGGUGCGAUCAUCAAUGGAGUUAACAAGGGCCAGGAUGAGAGGAAGAAAGUGUUAGAAGGACUACGAGAGCUCACCCAGGACGGGAACGGCCGAGUGGCUAUCGACUCUGCUCUAGAAGAUCUGCAGAACUGCUUAGACAUGUAUGAUGGCAUUGGUAAACCCAAGUACCUCGAGUCACUUGGUGACGUAGCUCGGUCAGCUAGGCUGCUUGGCGCAGCGAUCCGUCUCUCUUCGUCUCUUAUCACCUCAGCUACCUCAACAUCCGAUCCGCUUGGGUUGCCCGGGGCCUCGAUCUCUCGUCUCAUGGAUAAUCUGCUCAACACGACAAUCCUGCACGACGCGCUCGACAUCACCGCUCCUCCCGGUGCUUACGUACAUCUUCGACCGUUGACAACGCUUCUCAUGAACGAACUCAAGCUGUCACAUCGUUUGGGGACGAUGUCGAUGGAGAGCUGGUCUACACGAGCUCUUAGGAUUCUGCGCCAUCUACUGCCGGGAGACGAAGCCUACGCCCAUUGGAUCUUCCAGACCUUCGUCGCCGGUGCGAAAGAUUUGGCGGAUAGCAUGGACAUUGCCAUUGAUGAUUCAAUCAUCAAUCAAAGAUGUCUGGAGGAUGUCCUGCCCUUCUAUAUGCACGCUAUCCGGCCCGAUCACAAGUAUAGUGUCGCAUCGUUCACCUCUGAUCCUCAAUCACUCCCACUUUGGACAAGAAUUACGCUUCCCUCCCUCGCGGCGUUGCACAAGCCCCGAACUUCGACGCUUAAAGCACCUGUCGGCCUGCCUCUGAAGCAUGACUACCUCUUCCAGCCCUUGUCUGACCUGCUUCGCUCCGCUACCACGACGGCGUUUGAGAGCUUCCCUGUGUCAUGGAACGCCUCAGAGACAGAGGUGACGCGCGCCACGCUUUUUGGAGCGGAGAUGUACCAGACGCUUCUGCUUGAGACGCACCCUCUUGAGGCGCUAAGGAGGGAGGAAAUCGUUUUUGGAUGUAUGAGGGUGGUGAUGCUUGAGCAUGGGCAGCCGCAGGGGGACUCGAGCGAGGACGUCUUCCGCGACGCAGUCGUUUCGGGGCAGAUGAAGCGCCUUCUAGAACCUUUCCUGAUAUCACCUUCUUCACCUGCCCUCGCAUCAUACAACAUUUCCUCAACCCAGGAACCGUCACUCGAAGCAGCAGCGAAAGACUACCUCGGCUCCGGUGUGCCAUUCUACCAAUUCUACACUGACCUGCUAGCGCUAUACGAGGCCAUCUCCUUCGCAGACCCCGUGUUUAGCGCUCUCCUUCUCCCUCCUCUGAGCAUGCCCUAUCCACCAGACUAUCGCCAACUGUUCUGGGGCGAGAACUCGGUAGCUCCGCGUAUGGUACGUACGGAGGUUGGAGGAGUGCCAGCUGAGGGGCUGGGCGAAUUUUUGUGGCCGGUUGAAGGGUCGACAGAGAUGCUGGGACGGUAUGUGAGGGCGUUGGUGGAUGGGACGGUUGGCGGAUUCCUAAGGGUCGUUGCGAGGCAUCAUGUUGCUUGCAGCAUCUGGCUUUCUCCCGCUCCCGUCGCAUCUGAUAACCCUACUCCGGCGACUCACGCAAGCCCCAACACUCGGUCCACACCUCCUGAAGGAGGCGAGACGCGCCGUCGACACCUUCUCCUUGCGCUCCUCCGCUCGGGAAAGAAGCAAGUCGUCGCUGAUAUCCUGACUUAUCAACCAGAAGUGCUAUGUGAGGGGGCGCCGAUGACUGGCAGAGAAGAAAGGCUAGCAUGGGUCAGAAGUUGGGGAGGGCAGGAUGUGGUUUCCAGGCUGGACGCGAGCCUGAGCUGA